ACCACGGCACGCACAACACAGGAGAAGUCUGCCGUUUCCGACGGUCCCUCUAUCACUUACUGUCCUUGUAUGACGACAAGUCUACGCCUGUCUCGUAUCCCUCCUAUUCGCCUUUUUCAUUUUGUCCCGUAUUUGUAAACCGGACGGUCUAGCGUUCAGUAGUAGUAACUUCUAUCCAUUUCAGAAUCACCCCAAGAAUGGGUGCUGCUAUAUCUGCUAUUAUCCCCUUCUUUCUGAAUGCAAUACGAAGGAGUAAAGUCAAGGAAAACCCGACGAUGGCCUCGAUCUCGCAACAGUAUAGCAGAGUGGAGGGUGAUAAAAACGAAAGUCGUCGUGUUGAGCAGCUGGAGAAAGAGAAGAAAGAGCAAGCCGACAAAGCUGCGAGGGAGAAAGAGGCAGCGCUGAAGGCGAAUCAACGUUCCAAAGAGCUGCAGGAGGAGGCGAAGGCCAAUGAGGAGGUGAUGAAAAAGGUGAUGAAAUCUCAGAAGGAGAUGGAGGCCAAGUGGAAGAAGGGUGUUCAGCCAGUCGAAUGGCCUUCCCGAGAGCAGUACGAAAUGGUCAAGCAGCGUCUCUACAAGGAGGGGAAAUUCCAUCUCGCUAUCGCUGGAAAAUCGGGAACUGGCAAGUCGUCGCUCAUCAACGCCUUUCGAGGCAUAUGGGACGACGAGAAAGGAUCUGCCGACACCGAUGUCGUCGAAAGCACUACCGACGUUACCCCAUAUCCUGAUCCUAACUCUGCCAACCCUUUUAUCUGGUUCGACAUCCCGGGCUCAGGAACAGUCAACUGUCCCGAUUGGACAUACUUUAAUGACCAAGGGCUCUAUAUUUUCGACGCCAUCAUCGUUCUUCUGGGCGACCGUUUUACAGAUGGGGAUCUGGCCAUUCUGAAGAAUUGCAGGCGGUACAAUAUCCCCACCUAUAUCGUUCGCUCCAAGUCCGACAGACAUAUCGAGGAACUUUUCAAGAAGAAAACGAGGCGGGCUGUUGAGGGGAGUGACCUCGUAGGGAUUCGUGAUGUGGCGCGUAAGGAGUACCUCGACAAGACGCAGAAGACUGUUCGGGACAAUCUGAUGAAGAUGGAUCCUCCCCUUCUCUCCCAGAAGGUGUAUGCUGUGUCUCGGGAUACGCUGACUUUAAUGGUCCGGGAGGAAUCCCUUGGUAAUAAUGCCAUCCUUGACGAGCCCCGGCUGCUGAAGGACAUGCUUCGGGACGCAUAUUCUCGGCGUUCCGAGAAGUCCUGGCGCAUCAUGCAGGAUCUGAUAAAGAGAGGUGGUGCGGAGCUCUUCUACUAUCUUGCAAAUUCCUGGAAUGCGGAGAAAUCCGUGACCAUUGUCCCUCCUUUGUUAUCCUGACUGUACUUCUCUCAUGAUUUUCAUCCAGCCAUAGGCUUUCAUUAUGAUACUUUGUCCUACUUUAUUCCAGGAUUGUGCUAUUGUCAGUAUCUACUUGUAUGACUUCCAAUUACCCUCCUAGUUCGAUCCUUGUCCUGGAUGGUGGUUGUCUCUUAUCUUUAACUUUGGGAGU